ACAGUCAAAUCCAAUGUCUUAGUCACCAAUAAUAGUACUGAUCAUCCAAUACAUCCAUUUGAUUCAUUAAUAUGUAAAUCAUUGCCCGAUUUCAAUGGUCGAGUCCGGCAACAGAUUACAUCCCUGUCCGCUGAUAUCCAGAAAAUCAUUGACUAUGUAGUCAAUGGUCGGGACAGUGGCGUAACCUAUAAAGAGUUGGCUAAAUUUGUCGACCAAUUUGCCCAUCGAUUUACUGGUAGCCCUACACUGGAAAAAUCAAUUGACUAUAUGGUCGACCAUCUAUUGAAACAGGAAAAACAUGAUAGAGUCUAUACGGAAAAUGUUACCGUUCCUAUUUGGACACGUGGCAAGGAAUGGGCAAAAUUGGUUAGUCCUUAUGAAAAACCAUUAAAAAUAUUAAGCAGUGGUUUCAGUUUGGGUACCAAUGGAUCAGUACUUACCGGUGAUGUUAUUGUUGUCAAAUCGUUUGAUGAACUAGAGCUUAGAUCGUGUGAAGUGAUGGGAAAGUUUGUUGUCUAUAAUUAUGAUUGGAUUAGUUUUCCGGAUGCAGUCAAAUAUCGUAAACUAGGUGCCAGUCUAGCUGAACAAUUAGGUGCUAUCGGUGCACUGAUACGAUCGGUAACACCGUUUUCAGGUGACGUACCGCACACUGGCUGUCUAUCCUACGAUAAUAAUACUAAUAGUUUACCGAAAAUACCGUCGGCUAGUAUUACGGUAGAAGAUGCCGAACUGUUUGGUCGAUUGGCCGCCCGUGGAGUCAACAUUACGGUCAGUCUGUCAAUGGAGGCCCGUAUUGAUGGUUCGGACGGUAUGUCCCGGAAUACUGUCAGCGAGAUUACCGGUUCAACCAAACCGGAUGAGAUAGUACUUGUAACGGGACAACUAGACUCAUGGGACGUAGGACAGGGAGCCAUGGAUAACGGAGGAGCGGCAUUCAUCGCGUGGCGGGCACUGUCGGUCAUCAAAAAACUCGGUUUGAGACCUAAACGUACGGUACGGUCGGUGCUGUGGACGGGCGAAGAAAUGGGUUACUACGGGGUUAAACAGUAUAGUCAGAAACACAUAAAUGAGUUAAACAAAAUCAGUGUAGCUAUGGAAUCGGUUAGCGGUACGUUCAAGCCAACUGGCCUGACCUAUAGGGGCCAAAAUACGACCGCCAAGUGUAUACUAAAUGAAAUAUUGCAGUCCAUGAAACCAAUAAAUGCAACACAAUUGCUGAUCGACGACAACAUUGACGGUGCUCUAGAUAUUAGAUAUUUGAUGGAAAAAGAUAUACCCGGCCUAAGUCUGGACACACCUAACGACCAAUACUAUCGCUAUCAUCACUCGAUCGGCGACACUAUGCAAGUGCUGAACACCAGGGAACUGGACUUAUGUACAGCCGUAUGGACGGCCAUUGUCUAUGUGUUGGCCACAAUUGAUGAUCAAUUACCCAGAUAA